UCAGUAACUCAACGCAACAGUGCGCGCCAUUAUCAUUUUUGUCAUCAUACCUGCAUCUUACGCGCACCCGGAUUCCCUGCAGCGCUGGUAUUUUGCUCUGUAGUGCAAAGCGACUGGAGAUCACACGACACACCAGGCACAUCCCAGCAAAAUGACCGAAACGGAAACCCGGAAUCAUCACGCCGACAAGCAACAGACCGGAGGUGCCAUGGCAGAGACAUCGACGGUGGAGGAUGUUUUUGACGACACCUAUGCAGAAAAAGAGGGCCCCAAACCGCCGAGGAUGCUCGUGUGGAGGAAUAUCACACUGAUGACCAUCCUACACGUCGGUGCGCUUUAUGGACUCAUUCUUAUUCCCUCUGCAUCGGUUUCAACUCUUGCAUGGUCUGCAGUGUGCUACCUCAUCAGUGCUCUCGGCGUGACUGCUGGUGCACACAGAUUAUGGAGCCACAGAUCCUAUAAGGCCUCUUUUCCACUGAGAGUCUUCCUCGCUCUCGCCAACUCCAUGGCCUUUCAGAAUGACAUAUACGAGUGGGCGAGGGACCAUCGUGUCCAUCACAAGUACUCCGAGACAGACGCUGACCCCCACAACGCCACGCGCGGAUUCUUCUUCGCCCACAUUGGUUGGCUGAUGGUUCGCAAACAUCCCGACGUCAUUGAGAAGGGCAGAAAACUGGAGCUGUCAGACCUGAAGGCAGAUAAAGUGGUUAUGUUUCAGAGACGGCACUACAAGCUCUCUGUGGUGAUCCUUUGCUUCUUGGUGCCCAUGCUCGUGCCCUGGUACUUCUGGGGUGAAUCCUUGGCCGUGGGAUACUUCAUCCCUGGACUCCUGAGAUACACUGUGGUGCUCAAUGCCACCUGGCUGGUCAACAGCGCUGCACACAUAUGGGGCAACAGGCCUUAUGACAAGAACAUUAACCCGAGGGAAAACCCACUGGUUGCUUUCAGUGCCAUAGGGGAAGGCUUCCACAACUACCAUCACACAUUCCCCUUCGACUAUGCCACAAGUGAGUUUGGCUGCAAACUCAACCUCACCACUGCCUUUAUAGACCUCAUGUGCUUCCUGGGUUUGGCCAAGGACCCCAAGAGGGUGACGAAGGAAAUGAUCUCUGCUCGCAUUCAGCGAACGGGUGAUGGCAGCUACAAAAGUGGUUGAGUCACAAACUCGUCAACUGACACUGACAUGUCGAAUCGAGGUGGAACAUAGCAACAGGUAUAGCAGCAUUUCAGUGGUGGUGGUAGGGAGGUUGAUUGCCAUGCUUCUGAUUAUAAGAUAAACCUCCUCCUGAGACUAAUAUUGGCUUUAAAAAGUUGUAGACUUUCCAUAAAUUGUGUGGGUAUCUUUAAGUUUCGAAGUGUCCUCACCGACUAUUAGUCACAGCCAGCGACUUGGCUCCAUGUGCAAGCACAGCUUUUUCACGAUAAUAUAUAAAACAGGCACAAAGUGAACAAAAAAGCUAUCAGGGAUUUAAGUCUCUUUGGCAGCAGGAGGACAAAGCAAGUCUGUGUGAGCAGUGUGUAGAAGCAGUAAUCAUAGAAUAAUUUACUGUAUAUCUUAUUUGUUAAUGUGCUAUUUAUUAACAGUCUUUGGCACUUUGAAAGCUUUUCACUUAACAGUGAGUUUUCUCUACAGGCAAUAUCGAGCCUUUUGCUCUAACUUCUGUCAGUACUGCUUUGUCUCAAUCCACAGGGAGUGGAGUUUCAUCUUGAUUAUUGUUUUUCUAGUUUAGGUUAAGAUUUUGUUUAUUUUUGGUAAGAUUGUAAUCUUACUAAAAUAUGAGCUGCUGUGUUCAAGGCCAACACCGAGAUACUCAACACUAUUGAACUGUCCCCAUAUUAUCAUAGUAGAGUAACCCUUGGUAAAUACAGUUCAUAUGUGUUACACUUAUACUGUCACACCCACUGUCUCCAACUUUUCAAGAGGGGCUCGUAAUGAGGAUUAAGCUCUCUGGUGUAACGCAAUGUAUACCUCUGGUUGAAUAGUGAAGCUGCCUCAAACAUCUCACCCUUAAUCUGAAAAGAGAUGAUUAUUUGCUCUCAUUUUUUAUUAAUUUGAAAGACUCUCAGAGAUAAGGUCUCCUGCUCCCUCAGAUAAGGCCAAUGAGGCAUGUGUAGGAGGUGCAUUUACCUUUUGUGCUAUGUGAUAUUAUUGAAACAUGUGUCAGGACUCUUGCCCAAAUGCCUUAUGAGGGUUGCACACCUUGUUAAAAAAAAGAAAAGAAAAAAAAGUGCAAGUUAUGGAAAUACAUUAGGGUUUAGAUUUUCUGUCUAAUCACAGUUGUUUGGAGUCUGUUUUUAGGGAACACUUCAAAAGUUAAAAACCCUUAUUUAUUAUGGAAAAAGAGGGACCAUUCAACAAAUCUUUAAAAAGUAACGGGUUACUAUGAUAUAACUCCUCUGUAACCAGGCACUUUGCUCUAAAACAAGAUCCAAACUAUUAUAUCAUUAAUGACAAUGUUGUAAUUUUUGUCACACUUCCUCUUUUACAGAGCAACAAUUUUUUUACAGUGUUAACUUCUUAAAAGUUUGAAUGCCUUAAAAAAAUGGCACUUUUUUUUUUCAAAGAAUGUUUUUGCCCACUGUAUGUAUGGUAAAUAAACCAGAUUUUCUACUUGUGAUGAAAUAUGUUUUGCUGUUUUUGUUGGAAUUCUGUAAUACUCCUUAUUUGUUUACUGAAUUAAAAAGUAUGAUCAUACCAUUUCUGUACAUUUUUUAUCAGUGGCUUAUGGAUGCUACAGAAAUAACCCCUACUGAUAAUGAAUCAUUAUUAAACUAAGUAUACCUAC